GGGAAGAAAGCGACAACUCGCAAAGUUUAAACCAGUCCUUGGGAGAAAGGGAAGAGCGUAAUCCACAGUAUCACUGGCGCUCAAAUUCUUUGGGCCCAUCUCUACGCUCGCGAACAAAGGUGGAAGAGACUAAAAUGCGGGUGCGAGAGGGGCGGGGCGACGUCACGUCGACGCGGACGUGACCCUGCCCGAGAAUCUUUGGCGGGAUUUCUGAAAGUCGCGGGCCGAAGUGCGGCUGGAGAGCCAGUGCUGAGGUGACUGAGGCGCCUUCCGAAACGCGUAGUUGGUUCCUGAAACUUGCUUGGGUUGUGCACAGGAAGCCGACAACCGUGUCGAGAAUUGGAGCGCGCGCUAGAUCAGUGGACUGAAGUCGGAGCGCUUGCCCCGCCUCACCUAGCAGCGCUGCAGACCCAGUAAUGGCUAUGCAGAUGCAGCUUGAAGCAAACGCAGAUACUUCAGUUGAAGAAGAAAGCUUUGGCCCACAACCUGUUUCACGGUUAGAGGCUGAGGCAGCUAAAUUAGUUCCAAUGGGUUUCACCACUGCAACUGAAUUCCAUCAAAGGCGGUCAGAGAUCAUACAGAUUACUACUGGCUCCAAAGAGCUUGACAAACUACUUCAAGGUGGAAUUGAAACUGGAUCUAUCACAGAGAUGUUUGGGGAAUUCCGAACUGGGAAGACCCAGAUCUGUCAUACACUAGCUGUAACAUGCCAGCUUCCCAUUGACCGGGGUGGAGGUGAAGGAAAGGCCAUGUACAUCGACACUGAGGGUACCUUUAGGCCAGAACGACUGCUAGCAGUGGCUGAGAGAUAUGGUCUCUCUGGCAGUGAUGUCCUGGAUAAUGUAGCAUAUGCUCGAGGAUUCAACACAGACCACCAGACUCAGCUCCUUUAUCAAGCGUCAGCCAUGAUGGUAGAGUCUAGGUAUGCACUGCUUAUUGUAGACAGUGCCACCGCUCUCUACAGAACAGACUACUCAGGUCGAGGAGAGCUCUCAGCCAGGCAGAUGCAUUUGGCCAGGUUUCUGCGGAUGCUUCUGAGACUUGCUGAUGAGGUAAGCUGCAGGGCUACAAAAAUUUACAGGAACCUUGCUGAGAGGUGAGGACUUUAGUGCCUAAUAUCAAGUUAUUAGUUU